AUGCCGUGGCUUGCUUCGUCUUCAGUCAGGAGACCGGACAAGCCUAUUCAUAUAGAUCCGCCGAUCACGCACUAUGGAAACCACCCCGACUCAAUCUGGCGUUCGAGCAUCUGCUUCCCCCGGAAUUUUGAAAAGCUGUUGCAGAGAUCCUCCCGGGGUAGCCUGGAGGAAGCAUCAGAAGAUGAAGAUAAGGCAGAUGAAGAAGGCGAGCUGUAUCAAACCCCGUUCAGCGAGCCACCCAACGAGGAGAUUCAGAAUCACAACGGCUCGGUCAUCCAACAGACUGUAUUUCCGGAAAACGGCAUUGGCCCGAUAACCCCGCCCCCUGUCAGACAAUCCUCGUGCGACGCAACAAACACAUCCACAGCAGUCAAAAACACACGAGCUGAACAAGUGAACCGUCAAUCUGCCAUCCCAAAUGACAGGCCAUCAACCCCCGGAGAGCUGGCUAAUACGUCUCUAACCCGUCUCUCUCCCAUAGAGGGCAUGACACGGGGACCAGACACGUCUUCAGCAGCAAAUUUCCCGUACGUCAACUCGUUUACAGAGGAGCACCAUUGCGUCGAAACGGCCACUGAUGGCGCAAGGCCUCUUGCGAAGCAGGCGAGAGGUCCCAGUCGACGCAGCCGCCAGAAACGGUAUGCUAAACUGAAAGAGGAGAUGAAGAGACUAUCACACGCCAGCAGCAGAUACAAGAGGAAUUGGACAGUUUGGCCGCAAGAAGUGAGGUGGAAAUGA